AACAGGUUGUGGCAGCUUGAUGAGAUGGGAAUUACUGGUGAAUAGCCCACAACAGUGCCGUCAGCAUUAUACAUACAAUCACGGUUGCACUGUGUCUAAAGUUUUUGAAAUGAGUAACGAUGUAACCAAGAAGAAGGGAAAGGCAGUCGGGGAGAAGAAGACUAAAAGAAAAGCCAAGAGGAGAGAAACUUAUGCAGUGUAUAUCUAUAAAGUUUUGAAGCAGGUCCAUCCUGACACGGGCAUCUCCAGCAGAGCAAUGAGCAUCAUGAAUUCCUUUGUCAACGAUGUGUUUGAGCGCAUUGCAACUGAAGCAUCUCGUCUGACCCAGUACAACAAACGCUCAACCAUCACCAGCCGAGAGGUACAGACCGCAGUCCGACUCUUGCUACCCGGAGAGCUGGCUAAGCACGCCGUGUCCGAGGGCACCAAAGCUGUCACCAAAUACACCAGUUCAAAGUAGAAAAUGAGUGCGUCAAAGGCCGCAGAAACCCAAUUAAGGCAAUGGAUGCACCACUAAGUUGUUUAAGUUGACUCAUUAUUUUGGUAAAUAAAUGCACUAAAUUGA